GCAUCACUUAUAAUGAAUCGUCGUGUCUCUCUCCGAUUGCUCUCUCUCUCUCUCUCUCUCUCUCUCUCUCUCUCUUUGGAAUCUUCACUGGGAAAAUUACAGGAAUUGCAAAGCUUGAAGAUCCAACAAUGCCAAUAAUAUCUAAUUCAUCUCCAUAAAUUUAGGGUUUCUCUACCGAGGGCCUAGUUUGGGCUUUGGAUUGCUUCUUCACUUUUGUAGUGUAAAAUUAUUGAAAAAAAAAAAAAAUUCGAUUCUAUUUUGUUUAUUUAUACAAUUUCGGAUAUCGGAGUUUAGAUUCAAUACAGUUGCAAAUCUGUGUUUUGGGUCAGAUCAGAGCUUGAAUUUUUGUUAUAUGUCUAAAUGUUUGCAGAUUUUUUGUGGUUGGAUUUAGAGGGGUUUUGGUGACUCUGAUUUGUUGAAGUUUGAGUUGAAUUUUUGAUCAAAAUGAGCUGGGAUUGAGGGAGGUUUCAUUUUGACGAUGAUAUAGUGGGGGGUUAAGUACAAAAUUGCUGGGAUUGUGUGUUUGUUUCUUGUGGGUUUUUUCAUGUGCUUGUAGUGAGGGUUGAGGAUUGUGGCUUGGUGUUCUAGGGUUUGUUCUCGAGUUUUAGGUCUGUGGAGUGUGGUGACUUUGCAUGUGCAAAUCUUAAGGGGUCCUCUGCUGUUCCGUGGAGGAUCCCUGUCAAGAGAAGUACCUAAAAAUCGCGGUUCUGGCUGUGGUUCUGCAGGGGGGUGUUUUCCAGUUCUGAGUUAAACAGUUUUCCUUUCUUAGGAGGAGUUUGUCAAGGUGAGGCGAAUGAUCUGUUGGGUUGGGUUGUAAGCUGUUCUUGUACCUUUUUCUUGGCGGCAAGCAGACAAGUUGGCGGGUAUCCAAAUUUGCCUUUUGAAAAUAGGUUUUGUGUGCUAUACAUAAUUCUUUGGGAAAUGUUUGGUUCUACACCGGAUCCUGGGCACAGAAACAGUGGGGUUUCGGGGACUUUGCUAAUACCGACACGGUUUGUGUGGCCCUAUGGGGGAAGAAGGGUUUCUCUCUGUGGUUCUUUCAACAUGUGGUCAGAACACAUACCUAUGUCCCCUAUGGAGGGUUGCCCUACUGUAUUUCAAGUUAUCUGGAGCUUAACACCCGGUUAUCACCAGUUCAAGUUUUUGGUUGAUGGAGAGUGGCGGCACGAUGAACACCAACCAUAUGUAAGUGGUAGUUAUGGGAUAGUGAACACAGUCUUCUUAGCUAGGGAAUCAGAUACGAUUCAUCCGAUUUCACCGGACACACAUGAUAGAUCCAACAUGGACGUGGAUGAUAAUUUUGUACGCUUGAAGGGGAGCCUAGGCACAAUGGUAAAGUUGUCGCCGUGUGACCUGGAGGUCACAGGUUCGAGGCGUGGAAACAAUCUCUUGCAAAUAUGUAAGGAUUCUGUUCAAAGAAUAUCAGAAGCUGAUUUAGAGGCCUCUCGUCAUCGUAUAUCUGUAUUCUUAUCUACACAUACUGCUUAUGAACUGCUUCCUGACUCGGGCAAGGUCAUUGCCUUGGAUGUUAAUUUACCAGUGAAGCAAGCAUUCCAUAUUCUUUAUGAGCAGGGAAUUCCUGUGGCUCCUCUCUGGGAUUUUUGCAAGGGUCAGUUUGUUGGAGUUCUAAGUGCAUUAGACUUUAUUUUAAUUUUGAGAGAGCUUGGAAAUCAUGGAUCAAACUUGACGGAGGAAGAGCUUGAGACACACACUAUAUCUGCUUGGAAAGAAGGAAAUUUGCAUCUCAACAGGCAAAUUGAUGGCAAUGGCAGAUCAUAUCCGAGACGUCUUGUCCAUGCUGGGCCUUAUGAUUCCUUGAAAGAUGUUGCUUUGAAAAUUUUGCAAAACAAGGUUGCCACAGUUCCCAUUAUCCAUUCCUCUUCAGCAGAUGGUUCAUUUCCCCAGCUCCUGCAUCUUGCUUCUCUUUCUGGAAUAUUAAAAUGUAUCUGCAGGAAUUUCAAACAUUCUUCUAGCUCCUUACCGAUUCUUCAACAGCCAAUUUGUUCAAUUCCUUUGGGUACAUGGGUUCCGAAAAUUGGGGAGUCAAAUAGGCGGCCAUUUGCAAUGUUGAGACCGAAUGCCUCACUCAGUGCUGCUCUCUUGUUGCUGGUCCAAGCUGAAGUUAGUUCAAUACCAAUAGUUGAUGAUAAUGAUUCCUUGCUGGAUAUAUACUCACGAAGCGAUAUCACUGCUUUGGCAAAGGACAGAGCAUAUGCACAGAUUCGUCUUGAUGAAAUGAGUAUUCAUCAGGCUUUGCAACUUGGACAAGAUGUAAAUUCUCCUCAUGGCUUCUUUAAUGGACAGAGAUGUCAGAUGUGCUUGCGAACUGAUCCUCUGCACAAAGUGAUGGAGCGAUUGGCAAAUCCAGGGGUUAGGAGAGUUGUGAUUGUGGAGGCUGGCAGCAAGCGAGUGGAAGGCAUUAUUUCAUUGAGUGAUGUGUUCAGGUUUUUGCUCGGAUAGCCACCAUUUAGGAUGAAGGGCACAGCGGUGGUGGCUUUGGAGAGAACCCAUUUGUUGUAUUUGCUCUCUCCAGCCCCCUCCCCUUUGUGCCUUGGCCUCCUGGUAGGAUCAUCUCAUUUCUCCUUAGUCUUUGAUUGGAGUGCUUUCACAUACAUGAGCCUCACCUUUCUAGGAUACACAAGUUUAAAAAGGUUAAAAAAAAGGAAAAAAAAAUCUGUAAAUUGAGAGGAUUUGCUUUUGUUUUUUUUUUUAAUUUUAUUUGUUCUCUUUUCAUCCUCAUAACCUAAUUAUUGUCAACUCUCAAUUGAUCUGCUGUACGGCUACCAUUGUUUGUGUCAACUGGUGAUGGAAAGGAGGCUGAAGGGGAGUUUACUGUUAAAAAGGCACCCUUCCCACAUGGUGUUGGCUGUACUUGAAAAAUGUGAGUUGAUAUUUCAAUU